UUCCUCUCGGGGGCCUCUAGAAACCACAGGACCGGGCAGCGCCCCCGCAGCCGGCAGGAUGGCAGAGGGCAAGGCGGGCGGAGCCGCGGGCCUCUUCGCCAAGCAAGUGCAGAAGAAGUUCAGCAGGGCCCAGGAGAAGGUUCUGCAGAAAUUGGGGAAAACUGUAGAAACCAAAGAUGAGCGAUUUGAACAGAGUGCCAGCAACUUCUACCAACAGCAGGCAGAAGGCCACAAGCUGUACAAGGAUCUGAAGAACUUCCUUAGUGCGGUCAAAGUGAUGCAUGAGAGCUCAAAGAGAGUGUCAGAGACCCUGCAGGAGGUCUACAGCAGUGACUGGGAUGGGCAUGAGGAGCUGAAGACCAUCGUGGGGAACAAUGACCUCCUUUGGGAAGACUAUGAAGAGAAACUGGCUGACCAGGCUUUGAGGACCAUGGAAAACUAUGUGGCCCAGUUCAGCGACAUUAAGGAGAAAAUUGCCAAGCGGGGCCGGAAACUGGUAGACUAUGAUAGUGCCCGACACCACCUGGAGGCCGUGCAGAAUGCUAAGAAGAAAGAUGAGGCGAAGACUUCCAAGGCAGAAGAGGAGUUUGGCAAAGCCCAGGCUGUGUUUGAAGAUCUGAAUCAGGACCUGCUGGAGGAACUGCCUGUCCUGUAUAACAGUCGGAUCAGCUGUUACGUGACUGUCUUCCAAAACAUUUCCAACUUGAGAGAUGUGUUCUACAGAGAGAUGAGCAAGCUGAACCACAGUCUCUACGACGUGAUGAGCAAGCUGGAGAAGCAGCAUUCCAGCAAAGUCUUUGUGGUGAAGGGACUGCCGAGCAGCAGCCGGCGCUCCUUAGUCAUCUCUCCCCCAGUUCGAACCUCCACAGCCUCCAGCCCUGUGACCUCGCCUACCAGCCCCUCGACUCUCUCUGUGACCAGUGAGAGUGAGUUUGUCUCUGCAACAGGAGAAGUGCUGACCUCUGACCCCGCGGACGGAGAGGACAGCUGUGAGAGCAAGGAGUCCUUAAAAGAUGAGGAAGUGGAAGAAGGCCAGUCUGAAGCAAGUUCUUCAGAGGAGGAAGAGCCUCUACCAGCCUGCAAUGGCCCCACCCAGGCCCCACCCUCUCCUGCAUCCCAGGAGGAAGCUGCCCCGAGUUCCCCAGCUCCGUCCCUGGGCAGAGGUCAGACCCCGACGGAGCAGACCUCCCCCCCAGAAGUAGUCCUCCGCACCCGCACCUCCAGUGAAGGAGCUGAGCAGACCAAAAAAGGAGCCUCUAUCCAGAGGACGUCGGCACCCCCUAGUCGGCCCCCGCCACCCAAAGCCCCUCCGAGCCCCAGGCCUGCCUCAGGCAGUAGGCCCUGCAGCCCUCCAGCCUCUGGAGAGGCUUCACCCCUGAGCCCCAGGCCUGCCUCGGGCAGUAGGCCCUGCAGCCCUCCAGCCUCUGGAGAGGCUUCACCCCUGAGCCCCAGGCCUGCCUCAGGCAGUGGGCCCUGCAGCCCUCCAGCCUCUGGAGAGGCUUCACCCCUGAGCCCCAGGCCUGCCUCGGGCAGUGGGCCCUGCAGCCCUCCAGCCUCUGGAGAGGGUUCACCCCUGAGCCCCAGGCCUGCCUCGGGCAGUGGGCCCUGCAGCCCUCCAGCCUCUGGAGAGGCUUCACCCCUGAGCCCCAGGCCUGCCUCGGGCAGUGGGCCCUGCAGCCCUCCAGCCUCUGGAGAGGCUUCACCCCUGAGCCCCAGGCCUGCCUCGGGCAGUGGGCCCUGCAGCCCUCCAGCCUCUGGAGAGGCUUCACCCCUGAGCCCCAAGGCCCCCUUAGAAGCCUCUUCCAAUCCAGAAGCACCCGAGAAGCCACUGAGGAGCCCUGAGGCCGUAGAAGAGGAAAGCACCGGCUGUCCAGGCCCAGAAGAGCCCGGUGCCUCCUCCCCUGCGAGCGCUGUCCAGGACCAAGGCCCUGAGCCUCACCUCUGUGCGGAUCCAGGAGAAAACAGCAUCACGGCACCCGAGCCUCAGGAAGAGGCACUGACAAGUGAAAAUGCAUGACUCUGAAGAGAAACUAAGCUACCUAACCCCAUCUGCCCAGAGAAGUCAAGGAGGCGAGCCACACCCACUCCGUGUUCUCAGGCAGUGUGAGUGCUUAGCCUCAGACCUGUCAUCGCUGGAAUCUGAGGAGCAGCCACAGGGAGAGGGAACACUUGACUCGAGGUUUGAGCAUUAAUAAAAGCAGGGCUGUAAUAAUGCUAACGCCAAGCAUCUAUAGGCAUGUCCACACAUUCUCAGAGGAGGACCUAUGUCCAGCUAUCCACUCACUUGGCAAAGACUUAAAGCUGAAAGAUUUUCAGAUUACUGAAUAAAGUGUGAUUAUGACUAA